AUGCGCCUCACCUUUGCUUGCCUAGCGAGUCUCCUGGCCUCGGCCGUAGCCGCUCCAGUCGAGAAGAGGGUCAAUACGCUGCCACCGGUCGACAGUGCUACCGACGAGUCCGUCCUGCAAUUAGCUCUGUACCUGGAACACCUCGAGCUCGCCUUGUAUACCGGUGGUUAUGAAAACUUUAUGGAUGCUGAGUACACUGCAGCUGGCUUCCCCGCUGGCUUCCGUGAGAACGUUGGCGUGAUUGCUUCGCAUGAAGCAACCCACUCCGCUACCAUCAGCGCCAUCCUCGAGAACGCCGGCUACACCCCUGUCCCAACAUGCAGUUACAAGUUUCCCUACGACUCCCCCACCUCCUUCGUCGACCUGGCCAACAUGAUCACCUCCGUCGGCAUCGGUGCAUACCUUGGGGGCGCAGAACUUCUCACGGAUGACCCAAUGCUAGAGGUCGCUUCAGCCAGCAUUCUCACUGUUGAAGCUCGCCACGAUUCAUAUCUCCGAGCCGGUGUUGGUGCUUCACCAUUCCCUACGUCCUUCGAUACCGCUCUGACAGCCGUUUUCGCGUACAACCUCGCUCAGAUGUUCAUCGUCGAGUGCCCACAGCAGCUACCUCUUCCUAUCCUACCCAAGCUGACACUCGAGUCGCCCAUGCCACCUUCAAACCUUCAGCCUCCGACUCCUGCCGGAACAUUGCUCAAGUUCAUCUAUGAUCCCUCGACAUUCUUCGUCGAGGUGGCGCCUGGCACACCUCUCUACAUUGGUUUGAUCAACAUGGUCACGAACGUUACCUACACCGAAGUCACAAGCUGCGGUACUGGUUGUGCUACCAUCCCUGUCCCUGAGGGAGCAGCUGGAGCAGCGUUUGCUGUGCUUACGACCUUCCCCACUGCUGAUGCAUUGACGGAGGAUCAGCUGUCGAGCUUCGGUACUCUUGCUGGCCCGGCGGAGGUCAUUCUUUCCUGA